UCUUGUUUCUAUGGGACUGAGAAGAAGCUGAAUUAUCUCACUAUAGGAACACACCAUGGGCUCACAAAUCUAUACACCUUUUAAAUUGCCUGCCUAACCUCAUGUUCCAUAAUAUACAGAAUAUUUUCAAGUUGCUGGGUAGUCUCCUUUGAAGACACUUGACAUGUCGGAGCUAUUUAAAGUAACCGAAUCUUUACUCAUCAGCAAUUCUAGAGCUGCUUGCCAGAAGAAUCUUCUCUUGCAGGAGGGAGUGACAUGUUGCAUAAAUGUUUCCAGGCGACAACCGUUCCCGGACUUUAACCUCCAUACUCUUCGUAUCCCAGUGUUUGAUCAUCCAUUGCAAAACAUUUCUGAUCACUUUGCACAGUGCGUGGAUCUGAUAGAAAGCACUAUAACCAGUGGGGGGAAGUGCCUGGUCUAUUGUAAAAACGGGCGCAGUCGCUCUGCCACAGUCUGUAUAGCAUAUUUGAUGAAACAUAAAAAAUUAUCACUGGAUGAUGCCUUUCAGGUAGUUAAAGCAGCAAGGCCAGUAAUAGAACCAAACUCAGGAUUCUGGACCCAACUGAAAGAGUAUGAAAAAUCCCUGCAAGGAAAUGAAGAUAAAAAUGUUGACUGGACUCAACAUUUGGAGAUGAGCAGCAGUACCUAGAAGGCAAACUGGAUGGUAUUAUUCAGUUGUAGAAGAUUAAUCUGUUGAACCUGUGUGCACACUU